CCUUGACAAUGUCUGUGGUCUUUCUUGAUGAACAGCUGACUUUGCCUCCUAGACAAAGGCAAGCUCUCAAAGACCAACUUCUGCCGCAGAGCACAACGCAGAGCACGACGCAUGACCCAUAUCUUUCGGAAGAAAUGUCGCCUGGCUGUCAAAUCUGUCUCUUUCUACUGGAUGGUCCUGCUCCUUGUCUUUCUCAACACCCUCACAAUUGCCUCUGAGCAUUACAACCAGCCUGACUGGCUCACACAAAUCCAAGCUUAUGCCAACAAAGUACUGCUAUCACUAUUCACCCUGGAGAUGCUGUUGAAGAUGUACAGCCUGGGUCUGCAGGCCUAUUUCAUCAGCUUCUUCAACCGGUUUGACUGUUUUGUGGUAUGUGGCGGGAUCCUGGAGACCAUUUUGGUAGAGUUUGAGAUCAUGCAACCUCUUGGGAUCUCUGUUCUUCGCUGUGUCUGCCUCUUACGAAUCUUCAAGGUCACUAGGCAUUGGGCCUCGCUGAGCAACCUCGUGGCCUCCUUAUUAAACUCCAUGAAGUCCAUUGCUUCCUUGCUUCUCUUGCUCUUCCUGUUCAUCAUAAUCUUCUCCUUGCUGGGUAUGCAGCUUUUGGGGGGCAAGUUCAACUUUGAUGAGACCCAGACCAAGCGCAGUACUUUCAACACUUUCCCCCAGGCCUUGCUCACAGUCUUUCAGAUUCUGACAGGGGAAGACUGGAAUGCAGUGAUGUAUGAUGGGAUCACGGCCUACGGUGGCCCCUAUUUCCCAGGUAUGCUGGUCUGUGUCUAUUUCAUCAUCCUCUUCAUUUGUGGCAACUAUAUCUUGCUCAAUGUCUUCUUGGCCAUUGCUGUGGACAACCUUGCAGAUGGGGACAAUAUCAAUUCCUCUAUGGAGAAAGAGCACAAGGAGAAGUGAGAACUGCCCCUAAUCCAAGGAGAGGUGGAAUUUGGUGAGGAAGAGGAGGAGGAAAGCAGCGAAGAAGAGGAAGAGGAAGAAGACUAGCAGAGCUUGGCAGAGUCCCACCUACACGAACUGGAGGAGACCCCCAAGGAGAAGGUGUUGCCAAUUCCUGAUGGAAGCUCCUUCUUUUGCCUUAGCAAGACAAACCCGCUUCGUAUUGGGUGCCACAAAUUGAUCCAUCACCACAUCUUCAUAAACCUCAUCCUUGUCUUCAUCAUCCUCAGUAGCAUCUCUCUGGCAGCAGAGGACCCUAUCCGAGCACACCCUUUCCAUAACAAUAUUCUGGGCUACUUUGACUAUGCCUUCACUUCUAUCUUCUCUGUUGAGAUCCUUCUCAAGAUGACUGCUUAUGGUGCCUUCCUGCACAAGGGCUCAUUCUGUCGGAACUGGUUCAGUCUCCUUGAUCUGCUGGUUGUCAGCGUCUCACUCAUCUCCUUUGGCAUCCACUCCAGUGCUAUCUCUGUGGUGAAGAUCUUACGAGUGCUGAGGGUGCUCUGUCCUCUCCGAGCCAUCAACCGGGCCAAAGGGCUCAAGCACGUAGUUCAAUGUGUAUUUGUGGCCAUCCGCACCAUUGGGAACAUCAUGAUAGUCACCACCCUGCUGCAGUUCAUGUUUGCUUGCAUUGGAGUCCAACUGUUCAAGGGCAAAUUUUACAGCUGCACAGAUGAGGCCAAGCACACCCCGGAUGAGUGCAAGGGCAUGUUCAUUGUCUAUAAGGAUGGAGAUGUGGCUCACCCAAUGGUGCGCAAGCGUGCCUGGCUCAACAGUGACUUCAACUUCGACAAUGUGCUGUCAGGCAUGAUGGCCCUCUUCACUGUCUCCACAUUUGAGGGCUGGCCAGCGUGAUUGCUGUACAAGGCCAUUGAUGCCAAUGCAGAAAACCAGGGACCCAUCUACAAUUAUCGGGUAGAGAUCUCUAUUUUCUUCAUUGUCUACGUCAUCAUCAUCGCUUUCUUCAUGAUGAAUAUCUUUGUGGGUUUUGUCAUCAUCACCUUCCGGGCACAGGGAGAACAGGAGUAUAGGAACUGUGAGCUGGAGAAGAACCAGGUAUCUCUCCUCACUUUGUGCUCUGUGGUGGAAACAAUUAUUGUUUCCAAAACAAAACUUUGGAACAAUCUUUGGAACAAUUAUGGAACAAUAUUCCUGAUGAGGUACGCCUGGCGCCAACAUUAUUAUCUUUUCGGCGCCAGGUUAAAACUCUUCUCCCAGGCAUUUUAGUAUGUGUUAAAAUUGUUUUUUAACUUUUUUAAGAAUUUUAAAAGUUUAAAGCUGUUUUAAAUUGUCUAAAUAUGUGGUUUAUUGUAUUGAUGUAUGACUGUUGUGAACC